UUUUGUUCAGACUAUGUAUAUUGCAAUGCAAUAAUGAAAAUAAUCCAUCUUUAUAAACUUGAUUAAUUUCUUGAAUAGAAACCAUAUGUUAUGUCUUGCUUUAGACAACGUUUUCAACUUUAUACAAUCAGGGCCAGAUACAGUCUCUGAGGGCACGAGAGUCAAAUUCGAAAUGGAGCGGACAGACUUCAAUUCGACCUUCAGCUGCCCGAUAUGCUUCUGUCCGAGCAUCAAUAUUGUUUUUGGAAGCUGCCGGCACUACGUCUGCAGCCAGUGCUUGUACGACGACGUGGACGACAGUCUCAGAUCCACCUUGUUGAAGUGCCCCAUCUGCAAAUGGCCGAACGCGUUCCUCCCGUCAAGGCCGGUCGUCCCCGAGUCCACUAGACAGUUGAUGCGGUUGGCUGGGCUUGUGAAGUGCAAACACAAGAGAUGUGGACAUGGGAACAAGAACAGCAUGAGACGGUGUGCCCCACCCCGGCCACAUGGAGAUGCAGCAGCGCUGGUCGUGGAGCGUAUGGCAUGGGACGUCGCCUUCGCGGACGCCAUUCGGGCGGCCCUCGUCCGGGCCCCGGGGGCCAUUGCAGAUGACAUGAAUCGUGAUUCAACACAUACUAAGAAGCACUGUUUCAUUUUUCUGGAGAGAGAGAUGUCUGACAAAUGCAGUUAUCGAUUUUAUUUUUCAAAUAUGAGACUCGGGUGUAACAUUAAUAUUUGUGCCUGUUUUCAAAUUUUGUACCAGGAACAACUGAUAACGAAAACAAUGAUGAGCAUGCUUACUUCGAGCCUUCAUGAUCAUAUCUCUGGGCGCGAUGCCGAUAAAGCACACUCUUAGGCUAAACCUAAACCAAAAACUGUUAGCAAGUUCAGGGCCAGUUCAGCCCCGAGUGAGCGUCCUUUCCUCAAGGCAGAACAGAAUCUCGUGGAGCGCACAUAGCGCCCCCAACCAGCGCCAUCUCGG